AUGGAAGAGUUUCGCACCAAGCUACUGGAGAAGUUCACAACGAUCAAAGAAGCAUUUGAGACCUUCAUGAAAGACUUGCCUGAGCGGCAGAUCACAAAGCUUGAGUUAGCACGUUCAUUGGCUCGUUUUGGUUUUGAAUGGCAAUCCAAACAGGUGAGAGAUUCGAUUUUUGAUCGUUUGGAUUUCAAAUCGAUUGGUCGAGUGACGAUGGUUGGUUUCUAUGUGUUGGUUGAAGCUUCAGCUCCGGUGCGUUCGGUGGAAGAUCUCCGGAGACGUUGGUUGGCAAGUCGUUUUACCAUGACCCAAGCGAUCAUGACGAUGGUGGAUCAUUCGACUUUGGCUUUGACUCAUCGGUUCACUUUGCAUGAAUUUGGAAGUCGCUUACAAUUAGUCAAUGUGAAUGAUCCAGAGGAACAUUUGGCACUCUUCAAUGCCGUGCUUCAUGAGAAAGAGAAGGAUUCGAAGGAAAGAGAAAAAGGCGAAAAAGGCGACUUCGAAAGGAUUCGAAGAGAUAAAGGAGAUGAAAAAAGAGAGAAAGGCCACGGUCCUUCCAUCACCGUGGGGGACUUGGCGGCUGCUUUAGCGGUCGUCUCUCCUUGUCUUCUCUUAGAAGAUUUGAGAGAUAAGUUGCAGAAACGUUACAAUGGUGAUUUCAAGAAGGCCUUUAGUGAUAUGGAUUUGGAUCGAAGUGGUUCGGUGAACGAACAUGAAUUCACGGUGAAGAUCAUGCGGAAUUUGCAUUUGACCGAGCACGAG